UAGCUGUCAAACUGCAGUCAGUGUGCGACAGGUAGUCUCCUUGUGCACUACUCGACCUAAAAAUUUGCACAUGUACUAAGUUUGCUAAAAAAUUUGCACGUGUACUGAAUAUUAUCAUUUUUUACACACAAUUUGCUAAAUGUGAGUAGAAUUAGCGAAUAGUGCGUGUGUUUGUGUGGUGUGUGGGGGGUGUUGUGAAGUUUUUUGCGAAGUUUUUGCAACUAUUUAAAAAAAAAUUUUUUGGGGGGUAUUAAAUAGAUAAAAAAAUUGUUAUCAAAAUGAUUCCGAGAAUUAGUUCCACGUUAAAAUUGCUACUACUUUUUGGAGGAUGCUUACUCAUUUGGCUGCCUCAAGUUUCAUAUUGUACUACCGGGGAUGAAUUAUUAGCAGAGUCAGAAUCUAGAAGACCAACGUAUUCGAGAAGAACGCCAACCCCCGCUUAUGAAGAAGAGAGACCAAAUCCCGCCGAGGAGAACGAAUACUACGAAAAUGACGGACAUAAUAAUCCCCCCUUAUCAAGACAACAUUUAUCUGCCGCGUCACCUUAUCAUGAAUACGCGCCUCAAUCAGACGGUCACCGUAAUAAUGACAACGUAGGUUUUAUGCGCCACCAAGAUAUCGCUCCGCCUAAAGGAUUCCCAUCUUUUGACGAAAUUCAGGCUCAUUUCCAACAAACUGAAGCCUCCUCUUCCAGAAACCAGCUGCGUAACGGAGGUGGAGGAGGAGGUCCAGGUCCAGGCCGAAGGCCACCACCCCCACAGUUUGAAUAUAAUGACGCUGAAGGACCCAGAUUUGGUCCCCCACCACCCCAAUUUCUGGGCCGACCACCCCCACAAUCCCCACAGGGGAGACGACCCUACUUCCAGAGACGGCCUCCCACCAACGACAACUACAACGAGGGUCCAAACCCUUAUUAUAACGAACAGCCGGAAGGACGCGGUUAUCCGAAUGAUGACGACGACCUCGCCGAUAACUCCAACAUCCCGGAAGUGCAACCUUACCCAGUUGAAGAUGAUGAUAACUCCAACCAGCAGCACCACCGGACACGUCGCAGCACCCGCAACGACGACGAUGACGACAUGCUAGCCGACGGGCUGGAUAACAUCGAAUCACUAUGGCAACCAGCUCCUCCGCCCCCACAACAGCAACAACAAGCCUCCUCCUCUCCCUCCUCAUCCGCGUCCUACAUUCGGUUCGAUCGUUAUAAAAAACAUGGCGAGGAGAGUGUCGAGCAACGUUCCCCCAACUCUCCGACUUCGAGUAACGUUUCAUUUCACGAUUCCAAUUCCGAAGAGCAGCGUUUCUUCCCGUCCUUUCCGUCCCCUUAUUUGACCGGGUUGUCCCCCUUCGGGUUGUCCAAUGCCCUCUCAGCUUCCCCCAUCACGGGCGGCAUUGGCGGGAGUGGGAUCGGGCGCGCCCCACUUUUUCCGGGCCCUUCCUCUAACAAUAAUCGCGCCCCAUCGCGGUAUCAUCCCUCGUCGAAUGCGCCGUUCAAAUUUGGCGGGAUUUCAUCCCCCCUCUCGAACAGGGGGCCGUCUUCGGCCGCGUCGCAUGGGCACGACCGGUACCGCGAGCAUGACAAUAAUCUCUUAGGAUCCGGGAAUUUUGAGGUCAUUCGGGGCGGAACGUAUUACGGGGAGGAUGACGAAGGGCCCUCGUAUCAUCAUCAUGGACAUCAUCAAGCAGCUUCCCCCUAUCGAGACGAGGAUGACGGUUACUACUCGCAGAAUAACGGUCACUCGUCCCCUUACCACAUGGGCGGCGGGGGAGGCGACUUUUUCGCCAAUUUCAGAGAUUUCGCCGACAUCAAUCCACACUCGAGGUCGUACUCGCAUCAGACCGAGACACGUGUCGAGCACGUGGGACGAACACCCUCCGCCGACCGGAGGACAAGUGUACGCGACGAAUUAUUGCAAACCGCCUCUUCCCAACAUAAUAAUAAUAAACCACAAUUUUCCCUAGAAUAUGACCCCAUGAUGGCCACUUUUUAAGCGAAAUGUUCAAAUUAACCUCCAUGCUACCAAAUUAAAUACAUUUGAUAUGUAAUAAUUUUUUAUCACGUGACUACUACCGCGCUAUGUUUUCCAAAUAUUACAAAUUACACAUAUUUGUCUACUACAAUAAAUUUUCUUUGUUUCGGAGAUAUUUUGGAAAUUUUACGUUCCCCGGGAUUUUACAACUUGAUAAAUUCCCAUACUUUAAAAAUCCCUUUUCACAUGGGAAAUUAUCAGUUGGAAAAAUGUGUCCAAUUAUAUGCUGGAUUUUUUUUAAAUAUCAUAGCCAAUGGACAUUUUUCAAAUUGUAAAAUUCAGAGGAACGUAAAAUUUCCAAAAUAUACCUUCGUACUCAAAAGAAUUUGUAGUAGGACACAAAUCUGUGUAAUUCAUAAAAUUUCGAAAAAUAGUGUGAUAGUCAAAUGGUAAGAAUCGUUAAGAAAAUCGAAAUUUCUUAGGUAGCGAGACAUUUCCGAAAAUUAUUUAGUAGCAUGAGCGCUAAUUGCUUUGCUGAUUAGUUAGUUAACCAAUUUACUACGUUAACGAUACGCAUAUUUAGUUAAUGAAGGAAUUAAACAAUAAUUACACGCAUGUUUUUAAUCCAGUCUAAUCUACCACGUAAAGAUGAUGGGUAAAAAAAAAUCUGUGUUAAAAAAAUGAGAUGAUCUCCUUUUUUCCCGUCUCCAUCCUAUAAUUAGUUAAUAGAAAUUAAAUCAUAAUUUGUAAAUCUGUACCCGUACGAAAACCGAGGUGUCAAAAACUGACAAAUUUUUCUGCAGAACAGACAGGCAAAAAUAUUUGCGUUAACUAAUGCGUAGAAUUUUUUCUCCCUGAUAUACGCAAAAUUCUGUCAGUUUCGGAAGUUUCGGAAAGAAAUUUGUCGAAGUUAUGCAGGGAAAUUGUGCAACAACUGUUUAAAAAUUUACAUUUUUGACUACGCCUCUUCUGCAGCAAAAUGUGCAAAUUUUUGACAGAUUGAUUUUAUACAAGGCUUAAUUAAGUGGUUGAACUAUUAAAUAUAAAUAUGUAUGUAUAAAUAGUAAUUAAUUAAUUAAGUAAUUAAUUAAUUAGUGGGAAAACACGCUGUAAGUGCAAUACAUUACAAAUCCAGGUGCAUCGUGUGUCUUAUCAAAUUUUAGUCGUUAAGAUUUCCAUGUUUUGUUUCACGCUGUUCCACGAAAAAUACGGAGACGAAAUGAAUGGUGACAUGAAAAAAUGUGGCAUGCUGUACUAUGACAUGUACAAAUAAAAUGUUAAUUUUUUGUUACUUUCUGGAAA